AUGUUCCGUGUUUCCAUUUUUUAUACUGUUCUAUUUUUUGCGGCUAUAUUUUCGCACGCCGACGCUAAAGCUAAAAAAUGCCGUCCCAAGGUUUGAAAGUUGAACUAGAAUCUUCAAAAAGACAAAAUUAAUAAAUUAAGGCUCGAGCAGCUCCGCAACUGUUGGGCAAUGACAUCGAUGCACCCAGUUUUGAUGAUAAAAUUUUGAGGUAUCUUUUUUUUUUCUAACUCAUAAUGAAUUUUUUUCUUCAGAAAACCCAGCCAAAAGGUAUACUUUUGGCCAAGUUUGGACAAUUUUGAAAGAAGUGUUCUACGGGACGCUUUUUCGCAAAUUGGAAGACGAACUUGUGUUCAAUUCAUUGAGCAGGUAUCGUUGUUGAAGAAUAAUACUUUUUUUGCUGAAAAUAUUUGAAUUUCAGUCACGGAAAUAUUAA